UAUAAUUACGUUAAUACGCGCACUAACAAAUUAUUUAAUAAAUAUUUGGAAAUCUGUGUAUAUAUAGAGGUUAUGCUCUUGUGUAAAUAAUGUUAAACAUGUAUUCUAAUCAUUUGAAUACGACAAUUUCACCUAUAACCAAGAAAGAAAGAAUAUUUUUAACGGAUGUGGAACUGGAUGAAAUCGCUAUGUUCCUCGUUGGGAAUCAGCAACAUUUCAGAGAAAAUAUUAUAAUUCCUCGAAUGAUAGGACCUGUGCAAAUAAAGACUAACGAGGAGAAGCAGAUAGAAAGAGUAAUGGAAAGUUGUGCAUUUAAAAGCAUCAUGAGUUGUGUCCUUGGAUAUGGUUUAGGAGCAGCUAUUGGACUAUUCUCUUCUAGUGUAAAUCCCAAUGUAGCAAGUAUCGAAAAGCAACAGAGCGCACGAGAAAUAUUAAGGGAAAUGAAGACAACGACACUUGGUUAUGCGAAAAAUUUUGCAGUUGUCGGAUGUAUAUUUUCUGCCAUAGAAUGCACAAUAGAAUCGUACAGAGGUAAAACAGAUUGGAAAAACGGCACAUAUGCUGGCGGUUUAACUGGUGGAUUAAUUGGUUUAAGAGCUGGUAUAAAAGCAGGUCUAAUCGGAGCUGCAGGCUUUGCAACAUUUUCGACAAUUAUAGACUAUUACAUGCAUAGAUCUUAAACACAUUUCAAGCUGUUAGAAGAUAUAACUCAUGUAUAUCGUGCAUAUAUGUAUGUACAUAUAUAAUUAGUGUAAUUUUCAUA